GAUGGGCGGGGCCAAGGGCCAUUGUAUAUAAGAGGGCCCAGCCGCGCGGGGUCUCCAAUCUGCCAUUUUCUGUCCCUGAGUGGGUCCUUGGCGUCCCAAAUCGCCUGUUAUCUCACAGGCUCUGUUCCGUUCGCUGGUUCGCCACCUCAGGGGAACGAUGGCCACAGAGUCCACAGCCGCUGCCGCCGUCGCCGCGGAGCUGGUUUCUGCUGACAAAAUUGAAGAUGUUCCUGCUCCUUCUACAUCUGCAGAUAACGUGGAGAGUCUGGAUGUGGAUAGUGAAGCUAAGAAAUUACUGGGUUUAGGACAGAAACAUCUGGUGAUGGGGGAUAUUCCAGCAGCUGUCAAUGCAUUCCAGGAAGCAGCUAGUCUUUUAGGUAAGAAGUAUGGAGAGACAGCUAAUGAGUGUGGAGAAGCCUUCUUUUUCUAUGGGAAAUCACUUCUGGAGUUAGCAAGAAUGGAGAAUGGUGUGUUGGGAAACGCCUUGGAAGGUGUGCAUGUGGAAGAGGAAGAAGGAGAAAAAACAGAAGAUGAAUCUCUAGUAGAAAAUAAUGAUAACAUAGAUGAGGAAGCAAGGGAAGAGUUGAGAGAACAGGUUUAUGACGCCAUGGGAGAAAAAGAAGAAGCCAAAAAAACAGAAGACAAGUCUUUGGCAAAGCAUGAAAUUGAUAAAGAACAGGAGAGUGAAAUGGAGAAGGGUGGAAGAGAAGAUAUGGAGAUAAGUGAAUCUGCAGAGGAGCCACAGGAAAAAGUUGACUUGACUCUAGAUCGGUUAACUGAAACCUCUGAAGAGGCAAGAGGAGCAGCACCAGAAGGACCGAAUGAAGCUGAGGUCCCUUCUGGGAAGCCAGAACAGGAAAUACCAGAUGCUGAGGAAGAACAGUCAGUUUCUGGAACUGAUGUCCAGGAGGAGUACAGAGAAAAAGGAGGUCAGGAGAAGCAGGGAGAGGUAAUUGUAAGCGUAGAGGAGAAGCCAAAAGAAGGUUCAGAAGAGCAGCCUAUGGUGACUGUAGAAAAGCAGGGCACUGCAGUGGAGGUAGAAGCAGAGUCUUUAGACCCGACAGUCAAGCCAGUGGAUGUGGGCGGGGACAAGCCAGAGGAGGAGGUAGUUACCUCUGAAAAUGAUGCAGGAAAGGUAGUUCUUGAGCAGCUGGUAGGUCAAGAAGUGCCAUCUGCUGAAGAGUUGCCAGAGGUGACAACAGAGGCUGCAGAGGCCUCAGUUGUAGAGGUUGGAUCAGAAGUCUCUGAAAAGCCUGGGCAGGAGGCUACAGUUGUCCCUAAAGAUGGUGCAGUCAAUGGACCGUCAGCUGUAGGAGAUCAGACUUCUGUUGAACCACAGACUUCUAUAGAAAGACUGACAGAAACAAAAGAUGGCUCAGGACUAGAGAAGGUCAGGGCAAAGCUGGUUCCUAGUCAGGAGGAGACUAAGCUGUCUGUAGAAGAGUCUGAGGCAGCUGGAAAUGGGGUUGAUACCAAGGUAGCCCAGGGAGCUACUGAGAAAUCACCUGAAGACAAAGUUCAGAUAGCUGCUAAUGAAGAGACACAAGAGAGAGAAGAACAGAUGAAAGAGGGUGAAGAAACUGAAGGCUCAGAAGAAGAUGAUAAAGAAAAUGAUAAGGCUGAAGAAAUGCCAAACGAUUCAGUCCUUGAAAACAAGUCUCCUCAGGAAAAUGAAGAGGAGGAGAUUGGGAAUCUAGAGCUUGCCUGGGAUAUGCUGGAUUUAGCAAAGAUCAUUUUUAAAAGGCAAGAAACAAAAGAAGCCCAGCUUUAUGCUGCCCAGGCGCAUCUUAAACUCGGAGAAGUCAGUGUUGAAUCUGAGAACUAUGUACAAGCUGUGGAGGAAUUCCAGUCCUGCCUAAACCUGCAGGAACAGUACUUGGAAGCCCAUGACCGUCUCCUUGCAGAGACCCACUACCAGCUGGGCUUGGCUUAUGGGUACAACUCUCAGUAUGAUGAGGCAGUGGCACAGUUCAGCAAAUCUAUUGAAGUUAUUGAGAAGAGAAUGGCUGUACUAAAUGAGCAAGUGAAGGAGGCAGAACGAUCAUCUGCUGAAUGUAAGAAAGAAAUUGAGGAGCUGAAGGAACUGCUACCUGAAAUUAGAGAGAAGAUAGAAGAUGCAAAGGAGUCCCAGCGUAGUGGGAAUGUAGCUGAACUGGCUCUGAAAGCUACUCUGGUGGAGAGCUCUACUUCAGGUUUUACUCCUAGUGGAGGAGUCUCUUCAGUCUCUAUGAUUGCCAGUAGAAAGCCAACAGACGGUGCUUCCUCAUCAAAUUGUGUAACUGAUAUUUCCCACCUUGUUAGAAAGAAGAGGAAACCAGAGGAAGAGAGUCCCCGGAAAGAUGAUGCAAAGAAAGCCAAACAAGAGCUGGAGGUGAAUGGAGGCAGUGGGGAUGCUGUCUCCAGUGGAAAUGAAGUUUUGGAAAACACAGAGGAGGCUGAGAAACAGGCUGAAAGCCGAGUGGCAGUGGAGGGGACAGUGGAGGCUGGCGCUACAGUUGAAAGCACUGCAUGUUAAGAGGGGGCAGAGCCUUCCUCCCAAGGGAAAGUGUUUUUGUAUAUAAUGUAUUUUUUCACUUUUGGAGGAUUCUUUUUGUAUAACUUCAAUAAAGAUUGUAAGCAAAGGUUGAGGCUUUGAUGUUUUUUUUCUUAAUUGACUGAAUCUGCCUUGGAGCACUCCUCGUUUUAUAUAGUAGCUAAAGGUUUUGUUUUGGCCUUCUGUACCGAUCUGUGUUGCAAGUCCUGAUCCCUAAUUCCUGUCUGUCUAACGUAGAGUUGAUUAAGUGUGGCUGUAGGCCUUUGUUUUCCAAUGGUGCUAUAUUUCUUUUGUUUUCAACUACUUCACUGAACCCAGCUGUCUUGCAACCUUCAGUGGUGCUGUCUCUGGAUGGGGGCUACAAAAACAAGACUUGGUGAAUAUCUUGCUCUUUGGUGCUGAAAAUGGAUAAUGGACUUUGGCUGUGAGCCAGGGUUAGGAUGGUACUUGUCUUACAUCCACCUCGUCUUCAACUGGGGCUAUAUUUCUGUCCUGGAAAACGAACUCUGAAGAAAACAUGGGUUGGGGGAAUGAUCCCUAAGGAAAACAGUUUACACUUGAGCUCUGGUUUGAAAGUACAAGGGACUGAUGGUGAUGGACAGUUCAGAUGUGGAUGGAAGAAUACGUGGGGAGGCUGGCUGGUUGAGUUUGUUAUUUUCUGUAUAUAGAGGUUGGAAUAUAUCAACACUUGGAAUUGUUACCCAUCUACAGAAUUGACUUCUCAAAUAAAGAUGCUAAAAAUCUCCUGGUCUGGAA